CUUAUGUCGCUCACGCCUCCCUGUUCCACAUGGUUAUGCUUCGUGAGUGCAACAUUCACUGCGGAAGUAACGCGUAGUUCGCUAACAGCUGUAGUAUCAGACAAGACACAGUUAUCGGGGUGAAAUUCCAUGGAAUCUCUCUUUUUUUAAUGUUAUUCGGCUAUGCUAUUAGGCCUUUGUAUGACUGAUUUAAAAGGAUUGUAAGUGAUGGAUAUAUGUGCAAGUGUUUCUGUUGGUGAGGAUAGUGAAAAGAGUGAGGUAGACGUUAAGGAACAUGAAUCAGGAGUUUCUGCUGCUGAUAACAAAGGACAGACUCCAGAAGAGGGGAGCGAUCCUAAUAGGAAUGAGAGUAGAUUAUACGAGGAGAGUUUUGAUUUAAUGGAAGAUGAGGGAAGCAGUAUAGAUAAAACUGACGGAGCCCCGUUGCAGGCUGAGUGUAUAAAUAUGUCAGUCACUGAAGAUAAAGAAAAUGAAAAUAUUGAUAAAGACUCCCAUGUUACGGAAGAUGGAAGUAGCAUUCCUCAAACUGAUAGCACAAUAGCUGUAUUAGAAGUAGAAUGUGUAAAUAUACCUGAUAGUGAAUACAUAGGUCAUUUUAUUGGGCCUAAGGUCAGUCAUGUGAUAGAGGAAGAAAGCUGUGUUUCUAAAACCGAUAGUGAGAAAGCAUUCUUAGCCGUAGAAUGUGCUGCUGAAUACAUAAAGAAAGAGAUUGGGCAGACAAGUAAUAGUUGUAUUUGGGCAGAAGAAACUGGUGCUAAUGAGCCAGAAAAUACAACUAGGAAAGGACUAAUAGAGUGCCCUGAUAUAAAGGAGAAAGAUCCUGUUUUCCAAGGACCAGUAGCCAUGGUGCCAUGCACAGAAAAUGCUACCCAAGUUUACAAGGCUGGUUCAGAAGAUUCAGAUCAAGAAGAAGAAGUUGCUGAUAUGAUGGAAGAAGCACCUGUGGGGGAGAUCCCAAUGGAACCAGCUGAUGUAUUGAGAUAUUCCUCAGCGUACGAUUUCUCCCACCCACCUUGGUCCCUUGCAGGUUCCUGGAAUGAAUAUUCAGGAACGUCUGAAAACUUCCUUAAGGGAUGCAAGUGGGCUCCUGAUGGUUCUUGUAUAAUGACCAAUAGUGACGAUAACAUCCUACGGAUCUAUAACCUACCUCCGGAGCUGUAUACAGAUAACUGGGAUAUACUGGAAGAAAUGAAACCUGUCUUACGAAUGACUGAGGGUGAAACUAUAUAUGAUUACUGCUGGUAUCCGCUUAUGAAUUCCUCUGACUCCACCACCUGCUUUGUGGCAAGCAGCAGCAGAGACAAUCCUAUUCAUAUAUGGGACGCCUUCUACGGAAACCUAAAAGCAUCUUACAGACCUUACAACCAUUUGGAUGAGCUCACCGCUGCACACUCACUAUGUUUCUCUCCAGAUGGUUCAAAGUUAUUCUGUGGUUUUGAUAAAAUAGUCAGAGUAUUUGACACAUCUCGACCAGGGAGAGACUGCCAGUGUCGCCCCACAUUUCAUAAAAAACAAGGUCAGGCUGGUAUUAUUUCUUGCAUUGCGUUCAGCCCAUCUCAAGAUAUUUAUGCUUGUGGGUCCUACUCAAAAUCCCUGGGACUAUACUCCCUGCACGAGGGGGUUACUCUGGCAGUUCUGCAGGGGCACAUUGGAGGUGUUACCCAUGUGGUCUUCUCACCUGAUGGGUCCUGUGUUUUCUCAGGUGGACGAAAAGACCCUGAGAUACUUUGCUGGGACAUCCGUCAUCCUGGAAAGGUUUUGUGCUCUAUGACUCGCAGUAUCACCACCAACCAGCGAAUCUAUUUUGAGAUGGAUAUUUCUGGACGUUACCUUGUAAGUGGUGGGACACAGGGACUGGUGACAAUCUGGGACACUCUUUCGCCUCCUGGAGACGCACCCCUACAGUUUCAGGCUCAGAAUGAUUGUGUCAACGGAAUUAGUCUGCACCCCUCAUUUCCUCUUCUAGCGACUUCAUCAGGACAAAGGAAGUUUCCAGAGAUAGAGGACAGUGGCGACGAGUCUUUAGAAGUAAAGAAAUCCUCUCGCGGGAACCCCGGAGAAAACUGCCUGCAAUUGUGGUGGUGCGGUAGUAAUGCAAAGUAGCAGAACUAAAUACUGGAAGAAUUAUGCAUAAGACCACAGAAAAUGUUGUGAGCCGUGUAGUAUUAUGAAGUAACAUUGUGGGCAGUGUAAUACUUUGUAAUAUUAUAACAUGUUCUGUUACUUAAAGGGACAUGCAUCUCAAUUUUGUUCUUUCAUAAUUGAGGUAGAGCAUACGAUUGUAAACAUCUUUCUAAUGUACUUCUAUUAUCUAAUUUGCUUCAUUUUUUUUUCGUAUCCUUUGUUGGAGGAGCAGCAAUGUGCUACUGGGAGUUGCUGAAAGCCAAUGGCAAGAUGGAUAUAUCUGCAGCCACCAAUUAGCAGUGUCUUAGUCUACCUAGGUAUGCUUUUCACCAAGGGAUACAAAGAAAACAAAAAUUAGAUAACAGAAAUAAAUUGGAAAGCUAUUUAAAAUGGCACGCUCUAUCUAAAUCAUAAAAGAAAACAUUUCAGGUCCCUUUAAGCUAUCCAAAUCACAAAUGAAUUUCAUAAUUUAGUAUGAAAUGAUUUGAUGAUAAUUUGUGCAACAAACAUUUAAAACAUUGUAAUAUUAGCUAAUUGUAGCUUAACAUUGGCUUACAUUUUUAAGCAGGAGGUCAGUAUAAUCAGCCCAUUAAAUAGGUCCUGAGGAGAAAACUGAUUACUUGAUUAAACAACAGGAUGCUAAUGUGCCAAAAUUGCCUUUACACAAGCAAUGCAAUAACAUAAACACUUAUAACUUGCACGACACGUACGUACAUAUAUACAUACAGUACGUACAUAUAUACAUACAUACCAUACAUACAUACAGUACAUAUAUACAUACAGUACAUACGUACAUACUUACAUACAUACAUACAGUACAUAGAUAUAUACAUAUGUCCAUACAUAUAUACGUACG